AAAAGGGGCUUCCGACUAUGGCCUGCUCAGUUCGCUAGACGCCGUAUGGGCACACUGUUUCACUUGGGCGCAAAUAUGGGCAGCUUCUGGGGCUUGCGGAGGACUUUGACUUGCGCUUGGGGCUGCCUUCUGCUGCUGUCUGGACUUGGGCGCGUAUCUUGGGCGCAAACCAGCAGUUUCGGCAGCAGCGUACCAGUUGCCAGCACCAAGGAGCUCCAGGCGGCGCUGGCGAACCAGGCAGUGGAAACCGUCGUCUUAAAUGACUCCCUCGUUCUGAGCGGAGCUGAGUGGGGCAGUAUCCCCGUCACCAUCGACCGGAACGUCACCGUGACAGCAACACCUGACCGAUUGGCGUCACGCACCUACGUGCUCCUCGAUUUCUCGUCACUCAUCAUGCUUUUCCAAGUAUCGUCAGGGUUUCGCUUGACCUUCCGGGGCCUUGAGAUCGUCAACCAUUUCGAUACGGUGGGCCCGACGUUUCGGCCUUUGCGGCAAAGCAUCGGAGCAUGGGUGGUAUUUGAGGACUGCAUGCAGCGGCGCAGAGCGGGUCUGCCCUAUGAGGCGGCGAUGGUCAACAUGCUUGCUGCCACCCGGCCUACAAACGUGAGCGGGCCCCAGGUAGCGUUCAUUAUCAAGGACUGGAGCUACGCCACCACGCGGUCAAGCCAGCGAGUCAACUAUUCCGAAGCCAUCAGCAUGCUCGACUACCAGACCACCACCGCGCCGGACAGCAGCUUGGCCUUUCAGGGUCUUUACUACGGCGGCUACACGUACAGCACCCAGCGAAGCUACUAUGGAGUUGACAACUUCGUGCCCCAGUCAUGCUUGGACAGCAAGAAGCCAGGCAGUGAAUGCGUGGCGCUACUGCUGCAACAGCUGGAUGCAGGCAACCGCACCCUGUCACCCUCGGCGUCACCCAGCGCUGCGCCCAGCGACGAAAGCAGUUCCAAUGUGGCCGUGGUCGUGCCGGCAGUGGUGGUGCCUGUGGUGGUGCUGUUGGUCCUGGGUGUCGGGGUGCUGGUGUGGGUGCGCCGGCACAAGCGCCAGCAGGCGUACACUAAGUCGGCUGGUCCCGGCGGCGCGGACGUUGAGUCCAACGGCGACGGCAAGGGCAGCGGUGCGAUGCAAGGCAGCGGCGCGCAGGGCAGCGGCGCCGUCGACGGCAUAUUCAUGGGGUUGGACGAAAACCAGCCGCUGCCGGAGUGGACACCCAUGCUAGCGGCUGAAGAGCGGGACCUGGACGACGAUGACGAUGACGAUGCGCCGUGCGCCAGCGACACACACCACCAGUCCUUCCAGCUGGUCAGCACCAGCGAGCGGGCCGGCGGAGACAUCAGCUACUCUGUGCAGAACCAGCAGCAGGCCCAGACGCUCAGCGUCGAGCCCGAGGCGGGAGCGGAAACGAAGGCUGGGGAGGAUCAGGAGACAUCUGGCCAGGUGACCAAACAGCAGCAGGUCGCAAACGGCGGCUCGCGUCGUGGCGGGUCACUGCUGCGGCCCACGUCCGCGCAGCUGCAGCAAAACGAGCCGCAGCCGCGGAAGCCGAACCUCUCUAUGUCGGGCACGCCCGCCCACAACCUCGCGCCCGCUGCGGCCGCUGUCGCAGCGAGAGCCGCAGCGUGCGGGGCUGCCGCGGCCGGGAACGGCGAGGCAGGCACAGGGCUGGCGUCGGGAGCAGUGGCGGGUCCGGGCCGUGAGGACGCCGGCGGGGCGACGCCGUCGGGCGAGGUGAGCAGCAGCCGUGUGCAGCAACAACAACAGCAGCAGCAGCUGGUGGAACCGCCGUCUGACAUGCUGGCGGAGCUGGGUCGCAUGGCGGCGGAGCUGCGCAGUAACGUGAAGGACGUGGCCAUCAAGCUAGAGGGCGUCAUCGGCAGCGGCUCCUUCGGCACGGUGUACAAGGGCACUUGGCAGGGCCUGCCGGUGGCCAUCAAGACGGUGGUGUUCACGGCCUCCCAGGACAGCCGCCGCCGGGCGCUGUCGGAGGCCGCGCUAUGCCAGUCCAUCAGCCAUCAGAACAUCAUCGCCACCUAUGCGAGCGAGCUACAGCCCAUCGGUGUUGUGAACAGCACGGCGUCGGCUGGCAGCAGCUCACAGGAGCCAAGCGGCGGCACCGGGCUGGGCCCACAGCCGUCCGGCGGCGGCGGCGGCAUGAUGGGCCGCGCCAUGACCCAAAUUGUGGAUUGGCGGCUGUACAUCGUGCAGGAGUUUGCGGACGGCGGCCCUCUGCGGAAGCUGUACGGUCACAAGUCCAUUUGGAUGGGCAAUGGCCAAGUGGACCUGCCGUCGAUCGUGGGUCUGGCUCUGGGCAUCGCCCGUGCGCUGUCGCAUCUGCACUCCAAACGCAUCAUUCACGGCGACCUGAACCCCAACAACGUGCUGCUCAAGCGCGACCCCAUCGAGCCGUCCGGCUACGCAAUCAAGGUCGGCGACUUCGGUCUGAGCGUGCUGCUGCCGCAGCACCGCACGCACCUGUCCAACGUGCGCAUGGGCACCAUGUUCUACAUGUGCCCCGCCGUCGUGCUUAAGGCGCAAGUCGGCCCUGCCUCAGAUGUGUUCUCGCUCGGCGUCAUCCUGUGGGAGCUUUACAACGGUCGCCGGGCUGGCGUGCGCACGGACCAGGGCCCGCGGUACUGCUCCAUCUUCCCCGCCUUCCCGCCCACGUGCCCAGAGGCCUACCGCGCGGUCACGCUGCACUGUCUGCAGCGCCAACCCCAGAACCGUCCCACCGCUACAGCCGUGGAGGAGCACCUGGAGCAGCUGCUCAGCUCGCUCACAGGCGGCGUACUUCCAGCGCAGCGGGAGUACAUCUAAACAUAAGGGUUGCCCUCACGCAGUUGGCGUUUUGUCGCGGGGCUUGUUAUGUUGUUUGAAGUUUACAGCGUCACACAUAGUCGCCCGGUUGCGUUUGCUGUACCUAUGUGCUCCAUUUUCUGUGUGUCUGGUGGCGUUUUUUUAGGGUUUUAGGCUGAGCCCCCCGAGCGAAGCGAUCCAGGGGGGGCGAAGCCCCCCAGGGUUGCCCCUGUCCGUGCCUGCCUGGUCUGUGUGUCUGGUGGCGGCCGCCUACAUUGUGAGCUCCGGCCGAGGACAAGUCGACGGGAACUGUUGAUUAGUGCAAAUGCUUUGUGGUGUUGGACGUCCCAUUGCAAGGGGCAAUAGAUGACCGCGCGCUGCGCGUGCAAAUUGGUUGACGUAACGUCAGUGCAAGGCGGUUGGGGGAUUGGUAAGAGGCAGUUUGGCUUAGGAUCAACCGCGCGAUGGUAUUGUGGGCAGCGGGUGGCGCGCAUAUCGAGGUGGAUGCUCUGCAGCUGGUCCAGGUUUGCAGUGCGGCCGAGUCGGGCGCAGCUGUGGCGAGUGGUCGAAACCCCUCAGGGGUCCAUCUCGACACAUCAGGCACCACAACUUGUCACGACACACUUGCGGGGCACCGAGGACCGCUCGGAGUGCUCGCACGUGGCGGUGGAGACCCUGUCAGCGACGGCUGCCGGGCCCGCACACGCGCGUACAGGUGGGAAGGCGGCCAAGGAAGGGGCAUGGAAAAUGCGGUGGCCGGGUAGCUGCCGCUUCAAGAGCCCCGCCAGCCUUAUGCUGAGGGCGUGUGCAAGGAGCGCUGCAGCCGGGACUGCUACAAGCGGCUACAGCGGUAGCGGUGCGCAUGGUGGCUCUGCUGAUCAGUCAAUUUCAAUGUGUCAGUGUGAGGCACAGUAAGGGCGACCGGCGGUGCGCAUACAAGCCUUUUGGUCACAUGGAAACCUUUCUAGCAUUAUUACUAUUUGUUGUGGGGUGCGAGCUGCUUCAAAGAAGCGUGUCCAGCCUCAGUCACGGGUCUGUGACAUUCUGGGUGGCACGCGACACGACGGUUUUAGGCCGUGUGCACCACUGCACCUCCAACUCUCCAGGGCUGUGGGCAUGAGCCCGCGCCUUGUGAUAGCAUGUGCGUGCGCUUGCGGCGGCGCUUGAGCGGGGAUGCGAUCGUAUUUCCCGCCUUUCGGCGUUUUCCAGUGCACGCGGCACGUGUCCGGACAGGCAAUUGGUUUGGUUCAUUGCACUUCACGGGCAAUCACGCAUGGACACGCAUGACGUACAACGCAUGGUUGGUUGCGGCACUUCUUUCAAACUUCAUGGGGAUGCAGGGGUACCGUGAGGUUGGGUGUGGGGCUGUGGCGGCAUCGGCAUCACCCGUAGACUUGUUCAUGGGCUCACCACCGCCAUGCAUUUGAUGUGGGUUCGAAAGCCAUGAGCACAUGGGGUUGCUGAGUGGUUACCGCCCGAGAAGCGCAGGUGGCAAUCACCGCUAAGGUUUGGGUUGGAGCAGGUAGGGGCCAUGCCUGUGUUGGUGAGGCAGGUCACGGAUGUAGGGGUGUGCAGGCGAAUCAACUGUGCUGCACCGUACAGACCUGCGUGAUAUAACCGGAAAUCUUGCGUGAAGCACCAGUGGCAGCAGCUGCUGAGGUUGCGGGACGUGUGCCCAAGUGACAGCGCGUGGGGCGUGUGCGGGUGUGGGCGCUUUGGAAAGCGCAGGCGUCCUGCUUGUAUUGUCAGUCAAAGGGCAUAAUACUUUUGAACCUUUGCUUGCUGUCUGGGUAGCAUCACUACGGCAGACCACAAGGACGGCUGGGUCACCCUCUCGUGCCUUUAGCUGUGUUGCGGCUGCAAUAGCUGGAUAGCCCAUCCAAGGGCCUGAGUAGGACAUGUGUAUGAUUUUCACGUAAUUCAGGAUCCUCCGCACUCCAUGGAAAAUGGCUUUGCUCGACGCAUAUGACGGCAUUUGUAGGAUGAGACACCUGGUCGGCGUGCCCCGGUACUCAGGGACACCCAUGACUUCGCGCGGUGGCGCGGGCGCUGUGGGAUACUGCGGCUGAGGACGGACGGUGGUUGUGGAGAACAUGGCUGGGCGAGAGGGGCAGGCAGCACCACUUGCUGAGUACCGAUAGCUGGCACGAGUGAUGGUCGUGAGCAAGCGAAUUGAUGUGGCAUUCAGCAGGGGCGGGGCAGUUGACGCGGUCGCCGGCCUCGCGUGGGCCAUGCUGUCUAGUCACGCACGGUAAUGCUGCUGCCAG